AUGCAAGAGUCCGAAAAUGAGGAAACAUGUUUACCAAGUACUGGAGUUAAAACACAACAUAAUAGCAAUGUUGCAUCGAAAGAACAUUGUUUAAAAAAUAAUUCGUCAAAUGAACAGGAAGAUGGUAGUACCUGUAAUGAUCAUAACCAAUCGAUACGUCCUGGUGUAUGUGGUUUAGUAAAUAUAGGUAACACUUGUUAUAUGAAUAGUGCGUUACAAUGUUUAAGUAGCACCCCAGAGUUGAGAGAUUAUUUUUAUCAACUUUAUCAUUCUUUAAAUGAUAAUAGUGAUAAUAAUAUUGUAAAUGCAUUUGCCAAUAUUAUUUAUCAUAUUUGGUCAGGUAGAAAUGAAAUAUAUGAUCCAUCAACGGUUAAAAUAUCUCUUGGCAAAUAUACAUCACGCUUUAAGUCUUAUAUGGUAGAAGAUGCUCAUGAAUUUUUGAAUUCAUUAUUGAAUUGCUUAGAUGAAAAUUUACAUGACAAAUUAUGUUCGUCAACAACGAACAUUAUAAAAGGUUUAUUUCAUAGUGAAAUGUCAUCAACAAUUAUUUGUGAUAAAUGUAAAACAUCAACAACAAGUAUAGAAUCCAUCAAAUUUUUGCCACAGCCAAUACCCCACGAUAAUGAUAAACAAGCUCCAAUAAAUAUAGAAGCUUGCAUUAAUUUAUACAUCAAACCAGAAAAAUUAGGAUUAUUAACAUGUUUGAAAUGUGGAAAACAAGAAAAUACUGUACAAACUUUUGGUUUAUACUCACUAGCAAAAAUAUUAUUUAUUCAGUUGAAACGUUUCAAGUUCUAUGCUAAACCACCACAUCAAAAUAAAAUAACUAGUUAUAUCGGCUAUCCAAUAGAAAAUCUUGAUUUAACAAAUUAUGUCAGAAUUGCUCAACAAAACGAUAGUAUAUCAUUGCCGACAUACAACUUGGUUGCUGUCUCGGUUCGUUCUGGUUCAUUAGGCUCAGGACAUUACGUAACGUAUGCAUUAAAUGAAAAGGACUCCCAGUGGUAUCAUUUUAAUGAUACAUUUGCAUCAAGACUAGACAAAACACAAUCACAUACAAGAAGGGUAUGGGUGAGGGUGUCUUUGUAUUGCUUCAAAAUACACACCCCACACACACACCCAUGUCCAGGACAAGAGUUCUGUUGUACUACUUCGGAAGAUUCUUUUGGCUCACGAGUAGGACUCUAG